AGAAAAAAACACACGAAAGCCCCACGAGAAAAUCAGAGUCGUGAAGAACCAAAAGCUAUCGGCUACAGUUCACUCCUCCCUUGAAUAAAAGCUGACCAUAAGAAUACAAGAUCCACCUCGAUUCUCUCUCCGCCCCCUCCUCCUCCUCCUCCCCCUCCUCCUCCCCCAGCCGCCGCCGCCCGCCGCCGCCGCCGCCCGCCGCCGUCGACGUCUCUGUCUCCCUCAUCCAAUCCUUGAGAGAGAUAGAGAUAGAGGGGGAGACGGAGACGGAGAUUCUUGGAAGAAGUCCAGUCUUGUUUGCUCUCGCUUUCUUGUUAACUCUUUGGUUCCUUCUUCUUGUUUUCGUUCCCCCCCUCCUGUUGGUCUUGUUAGAUUUCCUUCUUUCUUGGUAACCCAAUUUUUUUUUCCUGUCUUUUCUUGGCCAACAUCUUCGCUAAAUCUUCUCCUUGCGUAGAAUUAGGCCGGUCUUUCUGGAUCAAGGACGCAAUUUGUGAAGUGGGUGCCUCAAAUUUCGCGAGAAAAGAAGAGAGAGAAGCGACCCAAGAAUGAGGGAAGAGGACUCGAAUUGGUUCUCCAAAUGGGAAGAAGAGCUGCCGUCCCCUGAAGAACUCACGCCCCUCUCUCAAACCCUAAUCACCCCCGAUCUUGCUCUCGCCUUCGACAUCAGAACGCCUCCGCACGGCCACCCCUCCACCACCAGCCCCCAGCGCCACCCGCCCACCACCCCGCCAAACCCCUCCAACCACCUCCCCCCGCCGGGCUCCGCCACCCAGCCCAGCUCGGCCGAGUUCGCCGACUCCAGCGAGCUUGGCCCCGGCUCCGGUGGCGACGAGCCGGCCCGCACCCUCAAGCGGCCGCGCCUCGUCUGGACGCCGCAGCUCCACAAGCGGUUCGUCGAUGCGGUCGCCCACCUGGGGAUCAAGAACGCCGUGCCCAAGACCAUCAUGCAGCUGAUGAGUGUGGAUGGGUUGACCCGGGAGAAUGUGGCCAGCCACUUGCAGAAGUACCGCCUGUACCUCAAGCGCAUGCAGGGAUUGUCCGUGGGGGGCGGGGGCGGUGGGGGCGGGGGCGGCGGCCUGGCCGCCUCGUCGGAUCCUGCCACCGAUCAUCUGUUUGCGAGCUCGCCCGUGCCGGCGCAUUUCUUGCAUCCGGUCCGGCCCAGCUCGGACCAUUUCUUGCCGUUUGUGCCGGUUGCCGCGCUGCAACACCACCAGAUGGCGGCCGCGGCCGGCCACCCGCAGCUGCAACCGCAGUAUCACAGGCAGGUGGGGCAUUUCGGGCCGCCGCAGAACGGGCAAUUUGAGCAUCCUUUCUUGUCGAGGCAAGCGCCACCGGUUCAUAGGAUGGGAGCGCCGAUGCACAGUCCGGUGCAGCCUUAUGCGGAGGACUUGGAAUCUGCUAAUGCAAACGGUGGCAGGAAAGUUCUCACUCUCUUCCCAACUGGGGAUGAUUGAACUUGGGUAGUAGUUGCAGUUUUUUCUUUGAUUUUGCUGUUUUCUUACUCUUGAUGAUCCUAUUUCUGUGUCUUGUGCAAUGUGGUGUCUGUAAUCUGUGGGUAACUACUGUUUAGAGUAUGGUUUAGGUGUUAGUUGGUCUAUGUUGUCCUAGCUGCCUGUUAGUAAGUGAUGGUGAAAGCUUUGAGUGGAGCAAUUGGAUAUGCACUUCCACUAGAGCUUAAAUUGGCUUCAUCGAGAGCUCUCUGUCGUGUAAUUGACUGCACGCCUACGUUGGAUGAGUGGGACUGGUGGGUAUUGUCGACUCGUGUCGUCCUUCAUGUGGGCUCCUACAUGUAUUGAUUAAACUGUUGGUACCAGUCUGUACGUUCUAUUGAUCCUUUUUCUCUUGAGACGUUGGUCAUCAUGUGAUGGUCACUCUUGGCAAACAUCUACCACCAAUUCUGAAGUGUUGUGGAAGGUGGAAUUCAUCGACCUCGGUCUAUUAUAAUUUCCAUUAAACUGCAGCUUGGAGAUGAGAUGAGUUCUUGUGCAUAUCAGAGCUUUUGUUCGGAGGGGGGGUUCUCGCUGGGGGACGAACCGCCAUAUCUUAAAGCUUGCAGGUGAUAACAAUAAUGCUGGCUAUCUCUGAUUUCUUGAAAUUCGAGGACGUUGAGCGGAAUCUUUUAUGCUUGAGUUUCCUCUACUUAGUUAUUGUUUAGAGUCGGAACUCUACUUUCUGUACAUUAACUCCAGGGAAGACUUUAAAAGCCCCACUUUGAGGGGAACUGUAACUGUUCAGAGAAGGGAUAUUAUUAUAUGGAUGCAGAUUGUUGUA